AUGGGAGGCCACGGACAUGCCUUACCUAAAGUACCAAGUCCUGACGCAUUCAAAGUAGAAGAUGUACCAAGGCUUUUACGUGUUCAACAAAAAUUAGCCGAAAAAGGAUUGAAAGAUCCUUGGUUGAGAAAUGAAGUUUGGCGUUUCCAUUCUUUAGAACCAUCUUUUUUUAAACAAAUAGUAAAUGGGUUAUUGAGAGGUUGGAAACUUGGAAUUCCAGCAUUUUUAUUAACAAUAGCCGCGGAACAAUAUCUUGGAAAUGAUCAUAGUAAUGGGCAUCAUGAAGAACACCAUUCUGAUGGUCAUCAUUAA